CACGCACGCACCCACACACACGCACAGCAGAAUGUGAGGAACGUGCGUGAUAUAAGCGCAUCGAUCAGCAGUCAUGCUCUCCGCCUGCGUGUUUAUUGGGGGGAGGUGUCACCGGAAACGCACUAAAGGCUAAUAAAUAAGCGCGACACUCCUGAAAGCCGAUCACUAUCAAAAAGAAAAGAGGAGAAAAACAACAACAACAACAACAACAAAACAUUAAAGAUCCCAUUGUGUGUUGGUUCGGCUGCUGAAGCUCCACAAUGCGCGCGCACAUUUCGCGUCUUCUCCUUAUCGCAUCGGUUUGGAGCAUGUGCACCGGUGCAGGAGAUUGGUGUUACCAGUCCCAGGUGACCUGUGAUUCACACUGCAAAGGACCGGAGUCUUGGCAUGAGGUGCAUGAAGAUUGCAUGAAAAAUAGACAGUCACCCAUUAAUAUAGUGACCAGGAAAACCAAGCUGGACCACAAGCUCACGCCAUUCGCUUUCCAGGGCUAUCAACAAGCCUUCAGCAGCACCCUGAAAAACAACGGACACUCUGUGAAGGUAUCUGUGCCUCAUCUGGCCACUGUGAGCGGAGGGAACCUCGGAGCCAAGUACAAAGCCGUGCAGUUUCACUUCCACUGGGGAGACAAAGGAGGCCCCGGGUCUGAACACACUAUCGAUGGAGAGCAGUACCCCAUGGAGCUGCAUAUUGUUCAUAUGAGGGAAAAUUUUAAAUCUUUGGAAGAAGCUCUGAAGGACCCAACUGGAGUGGCGGUGCUGGGAUACUUUUAUGAGGAAUCAAAGAGUGCGAACAAAAAGUAUGAUGGACUUAUACAAGCUCUGACCAAAGUGGAAAGUGCUAAUUCAAACACAACGAUCAGUGGUAUCUCCCUGAGCAACCUCAUAACCAGUGAGAAGAACAUGACCAAGUAUUAUCGCUAUGAAGGCUCUCUGACCACACCUUAUUGCACUGAGGCAGUGGUCUGGACUGUGUUUGAAAUCCCCAUCCCACUGAGCAAAGAGCAGCUCUCAGCAUUCUCCUCCUUGAAGUUCCUGGAUGGUAAGCCCAUGACUAAAACCUUCAGACCAGUGCAGCCGUACAAGGGCCGUACUGUGUACCGCUCUGGCAGCGCUGUAGUCAUGCUCAGCUUCAGCCUCUUCCUGGUGUGUGUAUGUAUAGCUCUGGGCCUUUCUCAGCUCUACUAGAGCAUGAGCCAAGCUGCAAUCUAACAGCAACAUGCACAGAAUCGAUUAACGCCAAACGGAUUGACAGACACUUCUGUACGUGCAUAUCACAGCGAACACACUUUUGUUUUGGCCUCCGUCUCGGAGGUGAGACUUCAUUUCGACGUAGGUGUGUGACAUGCUGAUAUUUUGGAUGGCUGAUCUGGAAAACAGGACUGUGUUCAUUGCUAUCAAUAGAAACCCAGCUAAGUCCUCUAGAGAGAGACAGGGAGGUUAUAAAUGCCUGGCCUUUAUCUAUCUGAGGCACAGCCAAACUGGAGCCUCAUGCACAUACACACACCGACACACACACAGCAUGUGGCCAUUCAUCUGUCAAAGUAGUGUAAAUUGGGUUAUUUAUAGGUUAGGACUGUACACACACACACACACACGGCUAACGAAUGAUGAACACCCCAUCGGGAUGUUCUGAGAUUUAGCGGCAUUUCUGAACCGAGCAACUUCGCCAAUUACACAUCGCAGGUCAAAUCUGAGGUCAUUCUUUACAUCCCCUCUCCUCCGAGCUUAAAUUACAACACUGACGCAGGCCAUAAAGGUGACCGGUCACGUACACGCGGUAUAAAUAGAGAGGAGCGAUGGUUUAAAGUGCACUGUUGCUUAUUUUACACUGCAUAUAUAUACGUAACAUUCUUUGUUUGUGCAAGACUUCCAUCUCAUUCAUCUGUCUUUACUGGUGGAGGCAGCGCGGCAGGGUUUAGCCGCACAAAUAAACCGUUUCCUUUUAUACUCAUGUUCAAAAAUUCAUAGAAUUUCUUGGUGAGUUGAAAUAUUUACAAGCAACGUUCGGAUCCCUGUGGGUUUAGUAAUUCUUAGGGUGGCACAAAAGUCUUAAAGUAAACAUGCUGUGUUUUCCUCAGGGUCAUGGGGCUUUAGCAUGUCAUAUUUUUUAAUCUUUUUAGCAUUGUUCAAAACAGCAAUGGUGUAAAUCCUCAGAAACUCUAGAUGCCAACACCCAAGAUUUCCUCAUCGACAGUGCACCAGUAUGCAAAGGACACUGGAACAGUUUUUAUAGAGCCUAUAUUUGUUAUAGAUCUGAUCAGCCCAAUAACCCGAAUUAACCAGAAUUAACAGCAAGCCACGUAGACAGCUCAGCCGCUAGCUAACAUAGCUAACUUGUGACUGAGUAGCAGGCUAUAUAAUAAAAACACAAGCAAUUUGAUAUAUUACUAGUUUAUAUCAACUGCCGGUUAGCAACAGCAGCUGAAUUAGCAAACUCAGCUAAGGUAUUGACUCAAAUCGGACAAGCCAUCACCUCAGAGUUUUCACUGAAGCAGCACAGUCUAUAUCUCCCACAGGUUUUCUGUCCCCAGUGUGGCGUAGAGUUGCUCUUUCAAUUCCACACUGAAGAGAUUCUCCUUUUUAGAUAGUAGAUAGGCACCUCAGCAGUUGUUGUUGUUGUUGUUGUUGUUUUUUUUCAGUGCUAUCAGAAAUGCCACACUGUGCUGGUGUUAGCUUCUUAAAUGAAAUCAGAUCAGCUAAAAAUAACCAAACAUGGUGGAAGUCUUACACAAAACAUCACAGAGUCAGCCGGUGUCCUGAGAGAGCCUGCAAGUUCUAUUAAAACAUAUGUAAUAGAAUAAUGCAAACGGAGAUGUUAUUGUCUCUCAUAGGUGUCCUUCAUACUUCUCAGUAAAAUCGCGCAUCAUUUUAAGACACUUGAAGCUGAUCUCCGAAUCUUCCUCAGACCUACUGCUACAACACACAUAUUUAACGGUCUCUCUAGCAGAGUGACGUGGCUGAUUUAUUUAUUUAUUACCCCCCCCCCCCCCAAUGUCCACAUGAGAUAGGAGAGGAGAGGAUCAAGGUCACAUGACCAGAGUUCAUGUUCAUGUUCAUGGCCAGAUCUCUGUGGGUCUCCGAAGCCCUGAUUAUGACUGUACUGUGAAUCUAUUUGGAGAAAACUAGGAUUUGCAGGGGAAAAGGGCGUAGAAGCAGGAAUAUGAUAUAAAGACGCACAUGAUUUUUAAAAAAAAUUGUUUUAUUUGUACACCUUUAAUGUAUUUAUUUUGGCGUAUGUUGGUAUGUAGAGCACUGUUCUAAUCAGUGAUGUUAUUUGUACUAAUUCCUGCAUUUUGUUCCGUAUAAUCCUAUGGACUGUUGUUUCGUGAUUUAGUUCAUGCCAGAUAUUGAAUGAUAUUUUCUGUAAACAUGUAUUUUAAAUAUAUAGUGUGAUAAUAUAAAAACAACCGAGUUCCCAAUUCAUUAACGAACUACUGAAUUGCAUUUCAUGCACAAAUUAUUAUUAUUACUGUUAUUAUUUUUUAAAAAAUAUCCAGAUUCUAUAGACUCUAGAUGAAAAUGCAUGACGUUUUCCUAAAUAUUACUUAUAUUAAUAAGUAAAUGGAUUGUCCUUGUGUAGGAAUACCAUCAUGCCUGGAAUAAAACAAAUUAAUAUAACAAUAUUUUUGUGACAUGUAAAAUGUGAUUUCUGCUGUUGCAUGAUGCAGCUGAUUUCUAAAAUUAAAUAAACAAUAUUUUGAG